AGCGGAGCGGCCGAGGCCGGACGACGCGGCCCGGAUCGCGGAGCCGCCGGCGACGCUGGGUAACGGCCGCGGCGACCGCCCGGACGGCGCCGGUCCCCGCCGGCGGGCUCUCCCGUCGCCGUUCGCCGCGCGGCUGGCCAACUGUUCUCCGUUAAAAAGACCUUUCCUUUGUCAACUGGGAUGAACUACAGUUCUUCCAAAAAAGAUGAGAGUUUUCCAGAGGCCAUGUGACCUGACCUGUGAUGUGGCAAGAGUGAAUGCAGAAGCAUCUAAGAGAACCCAUCUGUCUGGAAUUAAGCCAGUAUAAUCUCUAAGUAGCAACCAGGGACCUGGUCAAGGCACUCUCUUGCUCUCCAUUGUCCACUGGCUUCCAUCCUCCUCUAAGAAUUCAGCUCUCAGAAUCCAGUUCGUGAGCCUCUGUAUGAUCUGGCCCCGGGGCACAGCACAGUACCUGGCACAUGCUUCGUGGUGAAUUUUUGGAUGAAGCCAUUAAAUUAAUUGCUUGCCAUCAUGAGCAGAAGCAAACGUGACAGCAAUUUUUAUAGUGUAGAGAUUGGAGAUUCUACAUUCACAGUCCUGAAACGAUAUCAGAAUUUAAAGCCUAUAGGCUCAGGAGCUCAAGGAAUAGUAUGUGCAGCUUAUGAUGCCAUUCUUGAAAGAAAUGUUGCAAUCAAGAAGCUAAGCCGGCCAUUUCAGAAUCAGACUCAUGCUAAGCGGGCUUACAGAGAGCUAGUUCUUAUGAAAUGUGUUAAUCACAAAAAUAUAAUUGGCCUUUUGAAUGUUUUCACACCACAGAAGUCCCUAGAAGAAUUUCAGGAUGUUUACAUAGUCAUGGAGCUCAUGGAUGCAAAUCUUUGCCAAGUGAUUCAGAUGGAACUAGAUCAUGAAAGAAUGUCCUACCUUCUCUAUCAGAUGCUGUGUGGAAUCAAGCACCUUCACUCUGCUGGAAUUAUUCAUCGGGACUUAAAGCCCAGUAAUAUAGUAGUAAAAUCAGACUGCACUUUGAAGAUUCUUGACUUUGGACUGGCCAGGACUGCAGGAACUAGUUUUAUGAUGACACCUUACGUAGUGACUCGCUACUACAGAGCACCUGAGGUCAUCCUAGGCAUGGGCUACAAAGAAAACGUUGACAUUUGGUCAGUUGGGUGCAUCAUGGGAGAAAUGAUCAAAGGUGGUGUUUUGUUCCCAGGUACAGAUCAUAUUGAUCAGUGGAAUAAAGUUAUCGAACAGCUUGGAACACCAUGUCCUGAAUUCAUGAAGAAACUACAGCCAACAGUAAGGACUUAUGUCGAAAACAGACCUAAAUAUGCUGGAUAUAGCUUUGAGAAACUCUUCCCUGAUGUACUUUUCCCAGCUGACUCAGAACACAACAAACUUAAAGCCAGUCAGGCAAGGGAUUUAUUAUCCAAAAUGCUGGUGAUUGACGCGUCUAAAAGGAUCUCUGUGGAUGAAGCGCUCCAGCACCCGUACAUCAAUGUCUGGUAUGACCCUUCGGAAGCAGAAGCUCCACCACCAAAGAUACCUGACAAGCAGUUAGAUGAAAGGGAACACACGAUAGAAGAGUGGAAAGAAUUGAUAUACAAGGAAGUUAUGGACUUGGAGGAGAGAACCAAGAAUGGAGUUAUACGGGGGCAGCCCUCUCCUUUAGGUGCAGCAGUGAUCAAUGGCUCUCAGCAUCCAUCGUCAUCAUCGUCUGUCAAUGAUGUGUCUUCAAUGUCGACAGAUCCAACUUUGGCCUCGGAUACAGACAGCAGUCUUGAAGCAUCUGCUGGACCUCUGGGCUGCUGUAGAUGACUACUUGGGCCUUGGGGGGUGGGAGGGGUGGGGAGUCGUUUAGUCAUUGAUAGAACUUCUUUGAAAACAAUUCAGUGGUCUUAUUUUUGAGUGAUUUUUCAAAAAUGUAGAAUUCAUUUUGUAGUAAAUAGUUUAUUUUUUUUUAAUUUCAAGUGAUGUAAUUUAAAACUUAAGUUGUGUUUUAAAACAAAACUGUAUUGUAUUUUUGCUGUAAUUAACUGUAUAAUGUAAACCUAAUUAUUUUAUCAUGGUUUAAAAUUUUUGCAUAUUUGCUUUAUCUUAUGCUGCUGAUUUUUUUUUUUUACUGAAUUUGUAAGAUUUUGUUUAUCAAAGCAACUAUUAUGUGGUGACUUGCCUAUAUCAUGAAUUAUUUAAGAUUUUUAUAGUUUUUUUAUUAGAAUUUAUUUCAGAUGUUUUGUUCAUGAUGCUAUCCUUCAGGGUUAUGUGCUUAUCAAUGAAAUAACCCCAGAGGAGUGAGGGAAAAUAACCUAUAGCCAGUUAUAUUCAGGAAUAACUACUGUAAAUGAUGAACGUGUUAAAAAACCUCCAAUAUUUGCUACUUGCCAAUCCUAAUUUAGUUAUAACAAUUAGUAGGUAAUCCUACCUGAAUUUUGGCAAAGCCCCAUCAUCUAAAUGGCAGAAUAACUCAGAGCAUGUCUUUGAGGAUGCUGGUUGUCUACCACCACCCUCCCAUCCCCCCCCACAAAAAAAGUAAAGUAAAAACAAUCUGGUGUUUUCUGCAGUUUGUGGCAUGCUCAAAGCUUACGAUCACAUAAGGUCAAGAGGAUUCUUCAUGAAUAAUACAUUUCAAUGCAAAUAAACAGAUGGUUCACUUCUACUAGCCAUGAGCCUGUUUUUGUACACACUGAGUUAAUCUAGGCUGCAGGUCCCAGCAGUGGUCUAGAGUCUGGUCUUUCCCUUUCCUGCAGCCUCCGGCCCUCAAACCUUUCUGGUUUCCUAUUAGAGUGUCAGCUGAGCACCAGUUCUCAAGGUGUUUCUGGCCAUUUUGUCUUACCUGUAGCAUAGUCCUAUUCACACUAGCUGUCGGGAGGUUUCAAAGCCUACUUCGAUUUCUGUAGGUGAUUAUCAAAUGAGCAAUAUACCGUUCAUCUGAAAAUAGUAGCACACAGCCAUAUAUAGGAUAUCAUUUUCUAAGGACUGUUUCUUCACAUUGAGCAGAGCAGGCAUAAGUGAUGGUUAUUUAGUCGGAGUCUUUUGUUUUUUAUAUCUGAUUUUCGAUAAAACAUGCACUGUGGAUGUUGAGUAGGGUAAGAAUGGUGCUGCUCCUGACAAGUGUAUGUUAACUGUUUACAUUUUAUAUCUGCAGAAUUAUUUCUCUAUAACUGAAUCUUUCUUAAGUAAAAUGUCAUUGAAGUCUCCUUAUCUCUGAAAUAUAUUGUCUGUAAUGCCCCAGGCACCUUUUGUUAUUUUUGGAACAAGAGGGAUUCCAUGUAAUGAACUGGGAAAUGCAUACUUAAAUAAUAAGCGACAAGGUUCCAGGCAGAGAGCCCGCUGGAACUAACGACCAACAGGAGCAAGAGCUGGCGCAGCUCGACAUGCAGUGUCUGAAAGUUUGCUUGGCAUGUUGUUUGUAUAUUUAGUGCGAAGUUCCUUUUGAGUAAGAUACUUUAGGUCAUUGUUAAUGUGCAAUAUUUAGGAUUAGAAUACAUUAACCUUUUUAUAUGCUUUGAAAUUGCAGGUUUGUUUUUGAUGGUUUAAAGUCACGAUUUCUAGCCUCUUUGAAAGUUGUCGGCCUUUUUACCAAGCCCUUUUCUACUCGUACAACAUGAUGUGUUAAUUUUGGGCAAAUUAGAGUUUUGAGACGGUCACACCUCUUGAAUUAUAGAAACAAGAUUGGGUUUAUGAUUUCAGCAGAAAUUUGAGCAUGAGCGUGUUCCUAGUUUAUAUUAGUUUGACAGUUAAUUAGCUUUAUUUUCCCCAGGAUAGAUUAUUUCACCAUUGCACUUUAACAACUGACGUGCUUUCAGGAGAUUCCCAUAUUUUAUGUUUGAUUGCAGAUAAGCCGUCUCUAUUGAUACAGAUUUCGGUUAAGCAAGGAAAAGCAGAUGUUCUUACUGUAUGGUUUGUUGUAAAUGCCAGCUCCCACUUGCCAACCAGCAUGUUUCAGUUGAUUCAGAUAAAACAAACUCUUAUUAAUGUAGACUAAAAUACUUAACAAAUUAUAUCCUGAAAACAAAGUCUGUUUGUUAAAUGUCGCGUGCCCUUGGCUUUUAAAAUGCAGUAUCUAAGUACAACUUUCUCUCUUCUCUUAAAUCUGUUAAGCUAAAGAUAUACUAGUUCUUGUUAUUUUAGAAGCUUUUUGAACCUUUAAGACAUCUUAAACAUUUGUGUUUUCUUUUUUAAAGAGAAAUUACAAGUAAGAUUUCUGUCAAGCAGUACUUAUGUAAAGCCAUCUGCUUAUCUGAGAACUUUGGUUUUUCAACUUUCUAUGCUUAAUAUACCCAUUGUCUUACUGUUAGAAAAUUAUUUUGACCAAGAUUUAUUAUUCAACUUAAUAGAUUAGGAAAGAGACACUAAUUCCUUAUACAUAUUUCUUCCUGGUUACUAUUCUGUUACCCUCUAGUGUGUACUGACCAUUUGUGAAAUGAUCGUGUUGUUGGGAUUGCUUAAUUAUAAUAUACAUAAAUGGAGCAUCUCAACUCUUGCAUACUGUUUGCUGAACAUUUCUCAUUUUGUCACACACCCGCGGCUGCUGGUUGUUCCGGGUAUGCACUCUUGCAAGUUGAUAAAGACACGGUGCAUUCACGCCAGACUUCCUGAGAGAAAUGCCAGCCUCUUAAAUGAGAAGGCUGCCACACAGCCCCCUUAACAAGACGGAGAAGCGUGAUUGUAUGUAGUGCAGCACGCUUUCCUGUACGCCCUUUUGUUAUUCUCUCCAUGCCAGUCCUGCUGUGUUUUCUAAAAAGAUAAAGGUGAAGAGGCCAUCCGUGUCUGAUAGUGAUGUAGUGAGGUGAGCAGCAGGCACUGCAGCUGUUUUGGGGUUGCAGAGAAGGUUUGGUCUACACUAUCGGCCAGUGUGUGCUACACAUGUGAAGACCUAACUACUCAGUGUUGCCUAGGCACAAGCCUGCACAACACUUUGAGGUAAAGACAUAGUCUAUUUUCAAAAGUACUGUUGUAGUUUGUUUGUGGGUGUUGUCCAUUAGCCACUCAUUAGCUGUAGAGUGAAUGCAUGAAGCCCCAUGACCCCAGUAAACUUCUCUUACCGGUAGAAAAACCAGACACCACGGUUCUGUCAUUAGCGGCCCUCCCAAAUGUGGCCUCCGUGUCCUUUACAUGUUAGUAUGUGUUGUCCUUCUCCUGAUCUCGCUUAGGUUUUUCCUGAGUCAGAGGAAACUCAUUUUUCCUUAGUAGCAAGAAAGAUGAAGAGGUAAAGGGCAUUGAAGCAGAAAUGUGUAGUUUGGGGUAUGAUUAGAAAACUUAAGGAAAACAAACGUCCUGAUGAAUUUCAAACUAACUGCUCUUAGUGAAGUGCUCUUAAGGAGAGUCUAGUAAGAGUCACACUUUCUGGCUGUUUCUGGUUUAGAUUCUCUUCGUUACUGAAACUUUUGAGAACUGUUACCUGUGGAUUAGUUUUGCACAAUGUUCUGUUCUCACAGUAACUGACAAAUUAAACUAGGUUUUUAUUGAACUACCUCACACUAAUUUUCUAUGCUUUCCCAAGUGAGCUGUUGCCCUUCCUGUUAGAUCUUUACUGAGUGUGAAUUAUAAAUGUGUGUUCAAUACUUUAUAGCCACUGUCGACACAAUACCGGAAAGUAUGUAAAAGAAACCCCUUGCCUCGGUAAGAGAGACUCACAUGGAAACUCUGUCACUGUAUAUCUGGGAAAAUUGUGUUAGCUGUGCUCGUUGCACAUUAUUACUGUCUGUUUUUGUAAGUAGGAACCUGCUCAUGAUAUCAGUCCAUUCUUUACAUUUUGCAAAAGGAAUAAAUCUUAGUAAAUUUUACGAAGAAAUAAAUUACUUUUGUAGGCCCGAUAUUUGGUAUAUUUUUGAGAAGCUCUUAAUCUUUUAGCCGAAUGAUGAAGUUAAACUGAACUAGCUGUCUUCCUGGACUGUGACAUCUCCUUUCUCAUUGCAGUUCAAUAGGUUUUAAACCCUGAAACCCUCAGGAUGAGAGUUGACGUUUGCUUUUCUCCUUGUGACGCCGUUCCUCCUCCGUCCCUGUCCCCGUCCUGUGUUUUGUCCCCCUCUUCUCUCCUCUAGACAAAACGAAAUGGGGCACUUCGUAGGGAAUGCUGAGAUCAUUACUGUGGUUUUCAAUCAUUCAUGCCCUAGUCAUUAAACACACACCACUGGAAUGUAAACGAUGUUAUCUAGUAUGUUCAUGGUUAUAAUAUUUUAAAUAAAAAAGAAAAAAGUGGUAUGAAA